AUGGGAUGGAGAGUGUCACUGAAGAUAUUAAGGUCAUUUUAUUUCACUUUUAAUUUUCCUUCUUUCCUCCUUUCUUUCUUUCUUUUUUCUUUCUUUCUUUUCUCGGAUUUUAUUUCUUUGUUUAUUGGUUUGUUUGUUCACUUUUUUCUUUCUUCCAUUCUUUCUUUCUUCCAUUCUUUCUUUCUUCCAUUUUUCUUUUUUUUUCAUUCUUUUUCUUUCUUUCUUUUCUUUCUUUCUUUUUCGUCUUCAUUUUAUUUCACUUUUAAUUUUCCUUCUUUCCUCCUUUCUUUCUUUCUUUCUUUCUUUCUUUCUUUCUCGGAUUUUAUUUCUUUGUUUAUUGGUUUGUUUGUUCACUUCUUUCUUUCUUCCAUUCUUUCUUUCUUCCAUUCUUUCUUUCUUCCAUUCUUUCUUUUUUUCAUUCUUUCUUUCUUUCUUUCUUUCUUUCUUCGUCUGUCUCGUCAUUUUAUUUCACUUUUAAUUUUCCUUCUUUCCUCCUUUCUUUCUUUCUUUCUUUCUUUCUUUCUUUCUCGGAUUUUAUUUCUUUGUUUAUUGGUUUGUUUGUUCACUUCUUUCUUUUCUUCCAUUCUUUCUUUCUUCCCAUUUUUCUUUCUUCCAUUCUUUUUUUUUUUCAUUCUUUUCUUUUCUUUCUUUUUUCUUUCUUCGUCUUCAUUUUAUUUCACUUUUAAUUUUCCUUCUUUCCUCCUUUCUUUCUUUCUUUCUUUCUUUCUUUCUUUCUUUCUUUCUUUCUUUCUUUCUUUCUCGGAUUUUAUUUCUUUGUUUAUUGGUUUGUUUGUUUGUUUGUUUGCUUGUUUGUUUGUUUGUUUGUUUCUUUCAUUCUUUCUUUCUUUCUUUCUUUCUUUCUUUCUUUCUUUCUUUCUUUCUUUCUGUCUGUCUUGGAUAUUAUUUCUUCGUUUAUUGUUUUGUUUGUUUGUUCGCUUCUUUCUUUCUUUCUUUCUUUUUUCUUUCUUUCUUUCAUUCAUUCAUUCUUUCUUUCUCCCUCUCUUUCUUUCUCUCUCUCUCUCUCUUUCUUUCCUUAUCUCUUCUCUUUAUUCAUUCUUUCCCUUCAUAUUCUUCCUUUUCUCCCUUUCUUUCCUUCUUCUUUCCAGACACCCUACUUUCUUUCUUCACAGUUUCAUUUCCUUGCUUUCAAAUCAUUUGUCAAGUUGCUUCCUGUACCGAGUCAAGCAGUUAAGUAAAGAAUCCGCCAUUAUUGUUAUUGCGCGACCAGCCUUUCUGCAAUUAUGA